CAACAACCCAGCCCCGAAACAGCAAACUUGCUUUCCUACGUCCUCGCCUCACCGAAACUACAAUCCCAAACAAAUACAUACAUUCAUACAUACCGUUCGACACACAACACAAAACACACACGCACCAUGAGAUUCACAAUCACGGCCUUCGCGGCAUUUUUGGCAGCAACGGCUCCCCCGGAGGUCCGUUCCUUCACGCAGACAACAAACCCAACCGGUGCCUACAGAGGCCCGGCCGCACUUCACUUGACCCCCGAAGACCUGACGAAUUACAUGGCCAAGGCGCACGAGGAGAAGAUCCGAGCGGUCACGGCCGUCGAGAAAACAAAGAACGCGGAGAUCCAGGUACGUAACGUAACGCAACGCAACGCAACCCAUCCCAACCCAACCCCGGCGCGGUGUACAACAGCGCAAACCCCAUCGAAGCAACCGCGCGAACGCCAGGUGCAGCGAGGAGGGGUCAGCCAGCGAGCAAAGCGUUGGUCGCAAAUCGCGUCGCGUUCGAAGCAGUGCAUGGAUCAAUGAAUGCAUGGAUGCAAACUAUCGUUAAUUCGCAAAGAGCUCAACAACCCAAUGAUUGAUUGAUUCGAAACCAAAUCGUUUUGAUUGCAGACGCUCAAGGGCGAGGUCAAAAAGCUGAAGGAAGCGAUUCCAAAGGAAAGCGCGGUGGUCGUUUCGACCGGUCCACCGCCCUCUUCCGGCAUGGACCUGAGCAGCAUGACGAAGGAACAGCUCAUGGCCAAGCUGGUCGAAUACCAGCAAUUCAUGGCGGAUUACAUCGUGAAGGCCCAGCAGCAAAAGCUCAAGGCGGUGCAAGCGGCGGAACUGGCCACCGCGCAAAAGUACGAGGCGAAAAUAAAGCUCCUGCUCGGAGCGGCGGGUUCCGGUGCCGCCCCCGCGACAACGGCGGAAACGACCGCCCCGUCCGCGGCCACCAAGCUGUACGACACCCGCAGUGCAAACGUUGCCGCGGCGGCCAAGGCCGGGAAAUCCCGCUGGGGAGACAAGGAGGUGGCAAAGGUCCAGAUAAGCUCGAAGGAUGCCGUCGUGGAAGUCAAGGCCGAGGCAAAGGCCAACGGGGCAUCGGUGUCGGUUCCGCCACCCACCCAGCUCCCCGGAAACACCCUGUUCGAGGGGCGGAACGAGCAGGUUGCGGCAGCCGGAAAGGCCGGCAAGUCGCGAUGGGGCGACGCGGAAGUGAAAAAAGCCACGGAGGAAGCCUCCAAGAAGCCCGCCCUGUCGUCCGCUGCUCCCGAGCCACCAGCGGCCCCCGCUGCCGCUCCGGCGGCUCCGGCCGUCAGCAACGCCGUCAUCGAGGAAGCGGACCACGGCCUGCGCAACGACGGGGGCGUCGGAGGACCCUCCCUCGCCGACCGGGUGAACCUCGGCCAGCAGCUGUUCUCGGGAAGCGAGGCAGUUGGGGCCUCAGACGGGCUGGCCACGGUCGCCAGCGCUGCGCCAUCCGCUUACGACCUACGCAACGCCAGGGUGGCCGCCGCGGCGGCGGCCGGGAAAUCACGAUGGGGAAGCAUGGAAAACCAAAAGGCCGCGACCCUCGCCGCCGCCGCGCCGAAAAUCACCGCCGGGACACCACAGAAACAGGAAAUAGUCGUGACUCCGGAAGUGGAGGCGGCGGACCACGGAUUGCGAAACGAUGGAGGAGUUGGCGGCCCUAGCCUGGCAGAACGGGUCAAUCUCGGGCGCAAAAUUGUAUAGUCCAAACCAAUAACGGUAAUAGAUUACAACACAAUAC